UCCCCCUUUCCUCCCGCUCGGGUGCGCGCUCGGGGCUAGGGAAAGCGGCGCGAGCCGGGCGGCUGCUCACGUUCAGGCGCGGGGGCGGCUCCGGGGCCUGAGCGGGCGCUGCUGCUGCUGCCGCCGCGGGCAGCGGACAGAGGAGGAGGAGGAGGAGGAGGAAGAGGAGGAGGAGGAGGAGGAGGUUCCCGUUGCUGCCGCCGCCGCCGGAGACCUCCCCCCCCUCGGGAAGAUGAUUGAGGAAAGUGGGAACAAGAGAAAGACCAUGGCAGAGAAGAGGCAACUGUUUAUGGAAAUGCGUGCUCAGAAUUUUGAUGUCAUCAGGCUAUCAACAUACCGGACAGCUUGCAAACUAAGAUUUGUACAAAAAAGAUGUAAUUUGCACCUUGUUGAUAUCUGGAACAUGAUUGAAGCCUUCCGAGAUAAUGGCCUUAACACACUGGACCAUAACACUGAGAUCAGUGUGUCCCGUCUGGAAACCAUCAUUUCAUCUAUCUACUAUCAACUGAACAAACGCCUGCCUUCUACUCACCAGAUCAGCGUGGAACAGUCAAUCAGCCUUCUCCUCAACUUCAUGAUUGCAGCAUAUGACAGUGAGGGCCGAGGAAAGCUGACGGUAUUUUCAGUUAAAUCUAUGUUAGCAACCAUGUGUGGUGGAAAAAUGCUGGACAAAUUAAGAUAUAUUUUCUCUCAGAUGUCAGAUUCCAAUGGCUUAAUGAUAUUUAAUAAGUUUGAUCAGUUUCUGAAGGAAGUUUUGAAGCUCCCCACAGCGGUUUUUGAAGGCCCUUCUUUUGGGUACACAGAGCAUUCAGUACGAACAUGUUUUCCACAACAGAAAAAGAUAAUGCUAAAUAUGUUUUUAGACACAUUGAUGGCUGAUCCUCCUCCCCAGUGCCUUGUCUGGCUACCUCUUAUGCAUAGACUUGCCCAUGUUGAAAAUGUCUUCCAUCCUGUGGAGUGUUCAUAUUGCCGGUGUGAGAGUAUGAUGGGCUUCCGAUAUAGAUGCCAGCAGUGCCACAAUUACCAGCUCUGCCAAAACUGCUUUUGGCGAGGCCAUGCUAAUGGCCCUCAUAGCAACCAACACCAGAUGAAGGAACAUUCCUCUUGGAAAUCACCUGCAAAGAAGCUGAGCCAUGCAAUUAGUAAAUCUCUGGGUUGCGUGCCCACUAGGGAGCCCCCACAUCCUGUUUUUCCUGAGCAACCAGAGAAGCCACUUGACCUUGCACAUAUAGUUCCUCCUCGCCCCCUGACCAACAUGAAUGAUACAGUGGUUAGUCAUAUGUCCUCUGGAGCUCCUACUCCCACCAAAAGGUUACAGUAUAGCCAGGAAAUACCCAGUCAUUUGGCUGACGAGCAUGCACUGAUAGCUUCAUAUGUGUCACGUCUACAGCAUUGCGCACGUGUCCUGGACAGCCCCAGCCGACUAGAUGAAGAACACAGGCUUAUUGCCCGUUAUGCUGCCCGGCUAGCUGCAGAAGCAGGAAAUGUAACCCGUCCCCCAACUGACCUCAGCUUUAACUUCGAUGCUAACAAACAGCAAAGGCAGCUCAUCGCAGAACUGGAAAACAAAAACAGAGAAAUCCUUCAGGAGAUUCAGCGCCUCCGCUUGGAGCAUGAGCAAGCUUCUCAGCCAACCCCCGAGAAGGCUCAGCAGAACCCCACACUCCUGGCAGAGCUUCGGCUACUGAGGCAAAGGAAGGAUGAGUUGGAACAGAGAAUGUCUGCCCUUCAGGAGAGCCGGCGAGAGCUGAUGGUACAGUUGGAAGGUCUCAUGAAAUUGCUGAAGGAAGAAGAGCAAAAGCAGGCAGCCCAGGCUACAGGAUCCCCACACACAUCUCCAACUCAUGGAAGUGGCCGCCCAAUGCCCAUGCCUGUCCGCUCAACAUCUGCUGGCUCUACCCCUACUCAUGGGCCACAGGACUCACUGAGUGGAGUUGGGGGAGACAUCCAGGAAGCCUUUGCACAAGGUACGAGGAGAAACCUCCGCAAUGAUCUGCUUGUGGCUGCUGAUUCCAUCACCAACACCAUGUCAUCUCUGGUGAAGGAACUUCAUUCAGCAGAGGAAGGUGGAGAGGAAGAGGAGAAGACACAGAAUAAGAAAGACAGAGGUUAGCCAAGGGAUCCUGGACCAAGAGGCAGCACAAAUCUGUCCUGCAGACUCAGAGGACAAUGGAGCAAGCUGGCAUCGACAUGAUGAAGGCAGAGCCUUCCCCCAGAGGCAUCUUCCCAUCCAUCAUCUUUCCAGUGCACACCUGGACCAAGCCUGCAGUCUGCCUGUCCCCACAGCGCCAGGACAAGGGGAGCCAAUGAUGAUGGGAGGAGGGGAGGGACUGCCAGAGGGUCCUAAUGGUGGGCCCUUCCCUCUCAGAUUCCUGCAUGUACUAGCAUCAUCACCACUCCCCUCGGGGCAUGGUCUCAUCUCUGCAACGAGGGAUUUCCCAGGAGGUUUAAAAAGAAAAGAAAGAAAAAAAGGAAAAACAAAAGCACUAAUCCUGUGUCAGUGACCUGGGUUUCUUUCUGACUUGCCGCCAAAAUGUGGGUGAUUUCCCAGGGCGGGGGACAUGGUUUUCCCACAUGACCUUUGACCUUUAAAAAAACACCAGCCAGUUUUCUUCUAUCACACAAAGGAAGCUUCAGGCCCAUACUCAGCUUAUAGACACCCAUACCCAGGCCACAUGCUAAAAAUAGACUCUUGGCUCUCACUGUUGGGUUUCCGCUACAUUUGACAUUGCAUGCUCUGUAACCUAGGGAAAGAAAGAGCACAUUGCUGUAGCCCCCGCAGAGUCCAAACCAUAAAGUCCUUUCCUACACCAGGAAUUACAAGCCAUUGCAUCGUAGACCAGGGAGGAUGUGGAGGGGAGCAAGGGCCCUGCUGGCUUUUCCCCGGAGGCCAUUUGGUGAAGCCAUCCUCUGCCUUUCAUUGUGCUUAAAUAGCUCCUUGGCAUACAUAGUCAUCAGCCCUGAUUCUUGGUGAUUUUUUUUUCUUUUUGCUUUUCUCCUUUUUGGGCUCCAGUGUGUUAUUUUUAGAAGGGAAGCUGCUAUAAAUAUUUAUAAAGGGCAGUGGCUGGAAUGAAGUAACUGACUCCACAGCUGGCUCCCAGCAUUCUCUCUGCCUCAGCUGACCUCCAGCCUCUGCCUGAAUAGAGCCCACAAAGGCCUGUGAAUUGGGCCUAGUGGCUACAAAUGGUUUCCUAUGGAAACAAGUAGGAUCUGUCAGGGCAGGAACAGAAAUACUUAUGGACAACAGAUUGUUGACAUCCCCGUCCACCCUGUCAUCUUUCCUUUGCCAUUACCCUAAAAGGAACCUAGGAAUGGAAAUCAUAGAUAUUUUAAGGUUGAGACCUUUAACAUUUCUUGGAGACCUGGAGGUGAAGAGAAAAGGGUCACAAAAAGCUGUAUUUGUUGUUAAGAGGCAAGAAGGAAAAUGGGAGACAAGGGGGAUAACUCCUUUCUUGGGGCUUAGGGCCUCUGAAAUUCUAAAUCAAACGGCACAUGCUCAGGAAAGCACAGCAUCCCCCUCACUGUGACUCAGGCCCUGAAGAGUCCUGAACCAUGUGAGAGAGAGCCAGAAGGCUAUGGAGCUGUGGAGCAUAUCAGGCCUCAAAUGGUUAUCUCUGAGGCCUACUCUGGUCAUUACAAGGUCACCUAGUCUGCAAAGUUGCCUGAGAUCUCCAGAAACAUUAAGGGUUUUGCCCUCUGCUUACCCAUAGGAAGCUAUUUUUGCCCACUUUUCUUCCAGUGAUGGGGAUACGAGUGGAAGUGUGUGGCAGGCCAUGAGCAAGAAACAACGCACUCAGCAUCAAAGGCUCAAAAACAUCGACCAGCCCUAAGAAAAGCAGUACUCCUUCCUACAUUUAUGAGUGUCCCAAGGCUAACACAGCAGGGGUCAGUGGGGAAGUAUGAGGCAAGUGAUGUGGUAGACUAUAUUUUAUAAUUUUUAUAUAAAUUACUGAUUAAUUUCUUUUAUUUCCAGACUAAUUUAUCUUAUAACACUUUAGGUAAGGGGAGUAGUUCUUCCCACAGACCUAUACCUUAAGCCCAUGGCCUAUAUCAGCACAUGGCUUUAAUUUUUUUCAGGAUACCUGUAGAGUAGCAGCAGAGGGCAUAAUCCUCACAAAAUGACCCUAAACUCUAGCUGCC